GACCCACACUGGUUAUCAGCUGAAAGAUCUAUCGCCUUUUUUGCAAAAAUCGGUAGUAUCGAUAACUGACAUCUAUCUAAGUUUUCCCUGCUCUAGCGUGGCAGACGACUAAAUAGCGCCGAAAUGAAGGUCAUCUACAACACCCUGUUCAAGCGUACCUCCACCUACGCCGUGGCCAUCAUCGCGUCCACGUUCUUCUUCGAGCGCGCCCUCGAUGUGAGCUCAGUGGCGAUCUUUGAGAGCGUCAACAAAGGCAAGCUCUGGAAGGACAUUAAGGCCAAAUAUGAAUAAAUUAGUAUGAUUUGAUGAAAUUAGCAUAAUAAUCAACGUUUAUUCUAAACGAAACGAAAACUAA